AUGAACGCGCAGCUGACGAUGGAGAACAUUGGCGAUCUGCACGGGGUGAGCCAUGAGCCGGUGCCAACCACGGCCGAUCUGAUGAGCAGCAGCCCCCAUCACAGGAGCUCGGUGGCCCAUCGCAGCAAUCAUUUGCCAGCCCACCCUCGCUCCAUGGGCAUGGCUUCCAUCCUGGACGGUGGCGACUACCACCACCACCACCGGCCUCCUGACCACGCUCUGACGGGACCCCUGCAUCCCACCAUGACCAUGGCCUGCGAGACACCCCCCGGGAUGAGCAUGAGCAGCACCUACACCACAUUAACCCCUCUGCAACCUCUACCUCCCAUCUCCACCGUCUCGGACAAGUUCCCUCACCAUCACCACCACCAUCACCACCACCAUCACCACCAGCGGAUCCCUGGGAAUGUGAGUGGCAGCUUCACCCUCAUGAGGGACGAGCGGGGUCUGGCUUCUAUGAACAAUCUCUACACCCCCUACCAUAAGGAUGUUACCGGCAUGGGGCAGAGCCUCUCCCCUUUGUCUGGAUCAGGCCUGGGGGGCAUCCACAACUCCCAGCAAGGGCUGCCUCAUUACGCUCACCCCAGUGCCCCCAUGCCUGCCGAGAAAAUGCUCACCCCGAACGGAUUCGAAGCCCACCACCCUGCCAUGCUGGGCAGGCAUGGGGACCAACAUCUUACCCCUACAUCCGCUGGCAUGGUGCCUAUCAAUGGGAUCCCGCAUCACCCUCAUGCCCACCUGAAUGCCCAGAGUCACGGGCAGAUUCUGGGCUCUGCCAGGGAACAAAACCCUUCUGUCACUGGUUCGCAGGUCAACAGUGGAAGUAAUUCAGGGCAAAUGGAAGAAAUCAAUACCAAAGAAGUAGCUCAGAGGAUCACCACCGAGCUCAAACGGUACAGCAUCCCCCAGGCUAUCUUCGCCCAGAGGGUGCUGUGCCGGUCUCAAGGGACCCUCUCAGAUCUAUUGAGGAACCCCAAGCCCUGGAGCAAACUCAAAUCCGGCCGGGAGACCUUUCGGAGGAUGUGGAAGUGGCUUCAGGAGCCAGAAUUCCAGAGAAUGUCUGCUCUCAGGCUAGCAGCAUGCAAGAGGAAAGAACAAGAACAUGGGAAAGAUAGAGGGAAUACACCCAAAAAGCCUCGGUUGGUCUUCACGGAUGUCCAACGUCGAACUCUACAUGCAAUAUUCAAGGAAAAUAAGCGUCCAUCCAAAGAAUUACAAAUCACCAUUUCCCAGCAGCUAGGGUUGGAGCUGAGCACCGUCAGCAACUUUUUCAUGAAUGCACGGAGGAGGAGUCUGGAUAAGUGGCAAGACGAGGGCAGCUCCAAUUCAGGCAAUUCAUCAUCUUCAUCAAGCACUUGUACCAAAGCAUGA